UGCUGACCGAGUACGUACUAGCCUACUCAGUCUUACUGAGGACACAGACAAUUCCGACAAGGCAAUAUCGUCACACUCUGCCUGAAAGCUCUAACCUUCGUGCCUCUAAAUUUUUGUCUCCUCGUUGCCAUGCCUAAGGUUUCCGACAAAAAUACUGAAGCGAACUCAGUGAAGCAAAUCCCAAAACUCUUUGCUUUAAAACAUGGUCAAAAACGUGUAAUGGUUAACCGAUACAAGUCGUAUAAACUCAUGCUUGACAGCGCAUGUAGACAUUUCCCAACCAUUCCAAGAGACGCUAUGACGUUCCAGACUGACCAACUUGAUAUCUGUGAAGGUCAACUUGUGGAUGUCACGCCUGAAACAUGGGACAAAGUAAUUGACUCGAUUACAUCCCUCGAAGUGACUCGCACAGCAUUAUCAUUGCCCAAUCCACUUCCGUCUAGUGCCACUGAGGCUAUUCCAUCGCGCAGCAAAAAUGUCAAGGUCAAACUCGAUUUGGUUUUGACAUCUGGUGAUACUCUUUCUGUCAGGACGGAGUUGUCAUCACGGGUACAGAAACUUGUUGAUUAUGUUGCUCGCAAGUCAGGGAAUUGUUCUAGCAAUCACAAGAUAACAUGGCAUGGGUUAAGAUUGGAUGGCAACAGGAGUAUUGGGUCGUACAACAUUUUGGAUGGGGACUCCCUCUAUUUUCUGAUGGAUCAGGUCGGUGGAAAGCCAGUGAUCUAUGUAUACUCGCCCUCCGAUAUGGAUGUUUCUGUCAAAUUGACCCUCAGUCCCGAGUGGAGCUUCUCCGCUAUCUAUCCUAUAGUUACUCUGAAGCAAGACAAUGGAGAGCAUAUCGAAUGGAAUGUCCGCACACACCAAGACGGGAGUUUGACUGAAAGGAACUCUGGUUUAGACGUAUCGUACUUAUUCUGGGAGGCAAAGACAAAUUCGGACGCAUUUCCGCGUUCACCAGCAUCCGAACUCCAAUUAGUGGAUGUAUUCAGUCCCACGUCUAGCACUCUCGGCGACAUGGAUUCCAUUGUCAUCUCGGUGGACAAAGUAACCGUUUACCUAGAUAACUCGCUCAAGGCUCUGGGACUUCAUACUGAAGCUAGAACAUCCUUUAUCACCUACUGGCUACCGUCUAUUCUCAAGCAUGAAUACAUCGCCCUCCGAUUUGUCCCCCAACUGGCAUAUGAACGUGCCGCUUCUUUAAGCAUUUCUCCACAACCUGACAUCGUGACUCGCGUGUUUAUGCUGUUCAGAGGAAUCAGUAAGGAAAAUUUAGCGGAUUGGCCGAAUGCGCAAAUGCAAGCAGAGAAAGACGUUGCUCGGUGGGCGGAUGUAGUUGGAGUUGAUCUUGAAAGAGCCAAUGAUACAGCUCUAUUCAGGGUGUUGGAAUGGGGUGGGAUGGAGGUUCGUGUUUGAUAUUAUAUCAAGUUGCUCAAUAUAUCUAGGUGCUACGAGUCAAACUCGACUAUUUCAUUUCGAUGCCCGGUAUAUUACUUUUCCUCUUGAGUCUUGGGCUGUGUUUGUGUAUACGCUUACAAUCCCUUCAUGUAUAAGUGCAAGCUGUCGCCAGUCAAUGCUAAAAUUAAUUACAGGCCCUCCGAGUACUGAGCUGGAGGGCCCUACUUGGCCCAAACUCAUUCUUCGAGCGCCUGUACCCGAUAAGUUCUUCCAGGCACUGGCGGCUGUCCCAUCAGUAUGCAGCAUGACUUGUGUCACGGUAUACUGAAC